UAAAGUGCCUCUGGCCGCUGCCAGCCUUGGGACAGUGAGCAGGAGCUCCGAUCCCCGCAACCCGCCCGCGGAGACACCGAGGACGGCGACGUGUCGUGCCUGGGACCCGGCUUCUCCAAGCAGCCUGCUCCAUCGGAACAGCCCCAUGGCAAGGUUCCUGAGACUUUGCACCUGGCUGCUGAUGCUUGGCCCCGGCCUCCUGGCUAAGGUGCAGGCGGAAUGCAGCCAGGACUGUGCGACUUGCAGCUACCGUCUAGUGCGCCCCGGUGACAUCAACUUCCUGGCUUGCACGCUGGAAUGUGAAGGGCAACUGCCUUCUCUCAAAAUCUGGGAGACCUGCAAGGAUCUCCUGCAGGUGUCCAAGCCGGAGCUUCCUUGGGAUAGCAUCCACACACUCAGAGACGGAGGCAAACAGGAGGAGGGCCACUUGCUAGCCAAGAAGUAUGGAGGGUUCAUGAAAAGGUAUGGAGGCUUCAUGAAGAAGAUGGAUGAGCUUUAUCCUGCAGAGCCAGAAGAAGAAGCUAACGGAGGUGAGGUCCUUGCCAAGAGGUACGGGGGCUUCAUGAAGAAGGAUGCCGACGAAGGGGACACCCUGGCCAACUCUUCCGACCUGCUGAAAGAGCUGCUGGGAACAGGCGACAACCUCGCGAGAGAGGGUCACCACCAGGAAAGCAGUGACAACGAUGAAGACAUGAGCAAGAGGUAUGGGGGCUUCAUGAGAGGCCUCAAGAGAACCCCCCAGUUGGAAGAUGAAGCCAAAGAGCUGCAGAAGCGCUAUGGGGGCUUCAUGAGAAGGGUGGGCCGCCCAGAGUGGUGGAUGGACUACCAGAAGCGAUAUGGAGGCUUCCUAAAGCGCUUUGCUGAGUCUCUACCCUCAGACGAAGAAGGUGAAAGUUAUUCCAAAGAAGUUCCUGAGAUAGAAAAAAGAUAUGGGGGGUUCAUGCGAUUUUAAUACCUUUUCCCUGCAGUGACCCCAGGUCCCCACCAGCCUCCUCUAUCCCCAGUAAGCAAUUGCCUCAUCACUCAUGUUUGUUGUCAUGUGCUGCUUGUGUUGUACGGUGGUUCUCAUGGUCUGGAUAGCUACACUGCCUGAAAGCUGUGACUUGGGGUCUAUGUUCUUUCCAGUCUUGAAGCUCAGUAUUGGUCUAUUGCAGCUCUCUCAUCAUCAUGCUGAAAUCAGAUUUGUUACCUCAUCCCUUAUUUUUGACAAACUGUCAGUAAAUGCUUAAUUGUAUAUAGAUAUAAUAAACCCAUUUUCCCAACUGCA